AUGAAACGAUCCAAUAAUGACAAACGUUCCCGUCGGAAGGAAAAGCGAGCAAAGAGCGCAGUCCUUCGUCAAAUUAACUCCAAUGAUGCUAAUAGUAGUGCUGCUGGUGAGAGCAACAAACGAGAGCAAAACGACAGCAAGGAUCAUCCAAACAACAGCAAUAUCAACUCCAACGUCGGCAGCAAACGCAACCAACAAAAGAAAAAGAAGAGAGCCAAAGGACUUAUUCAAUCAGGUCAUUUUGGAAGCUUUCUAAAAGGCCAAGAAUGGUCCGACGAAAUGCUGUUGGGCAAAGUGCCAACCACCGAUGAUCCAAGGUUUCCGGACUUGGAAUGCAUUGCUCAAUUCUUGGCCGAUUACCGCGCCAUGUCGACCUUGCACGUUCAUGCGCGACAAAGCAACAACAAUAGUCCAGCCAAUGGCAACAGCAGCAGCACUAACAACAGCAAUGACAGCAACAACAACGAGAACGAUAACACUUCUCCCUGUCAUUCUCAUGCCAGCACGGCAUAUUACAUUCCCGUCAUUCAAGAUUUUGCCCGCACGCAACAGGACCGCCAAUCGGCAGGAUUGCGGACCAACACCUCUCGUGAGACUUCGGAAGGAAUGGCACAAGUGGUCGAAUCGCAUACCAAGGCCUUGGAGGCUGCCAUGGAACAUGUGGACCCCUUUCAAUCCACCUUGUUUCAGCAUGACGAUGAAGAUGAAGAAGAAGCGUCUACCAUUGACGGUCAGGAUCAACUUGUUCCUACCAAGCAAACUCUUGGCCAAUGGCAUUCCAUUUUGGUGACCAACACUGCAGCUUCAGCAAGAACAACCAACAAUGCCGCCACUGCUGAUGCAUCCAACAUUGCCAAUGGACCAGCAACCAACCAGUCCUCCUUUCGCAAAGCGAGGGCCAAGGCUGGAAAGACAAUCUUUUGUCCACCUGACCAAAUUGCCACGGAGUUUCAAGAAUUCCGUUUGGCCAUGAUUCGAUACUGUCACCAAUGGGAAUCCAAAAUUAUGCCCCUCCCCGAACGCAAGAGAUCGGGAAGCAUUACUACAGCAAUGUUGGACAGCGCCGCUGCCACGGAACUUGCCCAUCAAAUGACCCAACAAAAACAUACCUCCAUUUACCAUUCCUUGGGCGUGGCUGCCAUUUACUUGUUUGGGAUUGUGGACAUUCACAUGUACUCGGAUGGGAAUGGACGAAUGUCGAGAAUAGGAGCCAAUUGGAUGCUCAAACGAAUGUUGGGAUGGCCCUUUUCAAUCACUCUCGUUGCCAACCCACAGCAACGGCGGGAAUACAUUUCCGCGCUCCAGCAUGCGGUAACCUGUAUCCAACUUGCCCAGAAGCAACAGCAACAGAAAAUUCCUAUUGAUCUUCCCGGAAGUGUCUUUCGGCCCCUCAUCCUGUUGCUUCUAGACCGCAUGGCCAAUGCUGUUCGAGAAUGUCAACGCAAGCUGACGGAAAAAUCACAGCUCACGCGGGCUGCCGAAGAGGCGCGGAUUGCCCGCAAGGUCCGAGAAGAGACGGCGUCGGGACGAUGUGUCAUUUGUUUGGACGAUAAUCCCAACAUUGCCACUCUCUGCUGUGGUCAAGGGGUUCAUUUGAACUGCGUGGCGGAAUGGUUGUCCAACAAUUCCAACUGCGUCUAUUGUCGAGGACCCUUGCCGCAGCUCAAGCUUCAACGGCCAUCUCCGCCACCCGAAGACGACGAAGAAACAGAGAAUGGUGCCGGUGGUGCCAUCGUUUCGGAAAUUCGUAAUGUACUCGCUAUGCCAGAUGCCAACAUGGCGGCGGCUACCGCAUCUGCAGUGUCCAGACUCACUUCGAAUCCUGCAUUUCUCAACAUGAUCCGACGAAGCCUACAGGAUCAAGCCAUUCAGAAUGCAGAAGAUGCUGUCUCUAUGCACUCCACCACUACCACCAUGUUGUCGAGCGAUGAUGACGAAGACGAAGAGGAGGAAGAUGAUGCAGAGGACGACGAAGAUUUUGGUGAUGAGCAUAGCAAUGAUUCUACCUCCAUGAUGUGUGUCAAUGGAACUUGUAUGAAUGCGACGCAAACAUGGUGCCCCAGAGGCCUUUGCUUUCGGUGCUGCAACCAGACAGGGGUACACUGUUUUUACCAUCAUGGAAGAAGGGUUAUCCCUCCGGAGGAAGAAGAAGAAGAAGAUACAGGCGUGCUUUCAGAUGGUGAAGAUGGAGAAGAUACGACCUUGUAUUAUGGUGGAAGUGAGGAUGAUGAAGAUAUCGAACAACCAUCCACAGAGAAUGCAGGAAAUGAUGAAAGUGACAUUGGGGAUACGACCACAUUUCUUGAUGAUGAUGAUGAUGAUGGAGGUGAUGAUGCAACCUCGCGAUUUUCUGCGCCACAAUAUCAUCUUCAACGGGCGAUGCGCUGUUCGACGGGAGAGUGCAACAACAUGCCGGCUGCCGACUGCCAAAACCACAUGUGUGGACAAUGCUGUGUCCUGUUUGGCGGGUACAGUUGCUUGCGCCACAACACUGGGGCCUAUGCCAAUUGA